AUGACAGUCGCAUCCUUACGCCUCCACCAGUUCUACACUUGGCUAUGUGGGCUGUUCGCAGCGCUCGGCUCGGUGACCUUUGGAUACGAUUUGGGUAUCAUAGCGUCUGUGCUUCCCGCAGAAGACUUCAACAGAGUGACCGGGAACCCUGACGCGACCCAGCAAGGUCUCAUUACCGGUUGUCUUCUUCUUGGAGCCUUCGCGUCCAGCAUUAUAACAGAUGCGAUUGGUCGCCGCAGAGCUAUCCUUGCGGGCUGCUUGCUAUUCUUCUUGGGAGGAGGUCUUCAAUGCGGAGCACAAAGUAUCAGCUACAUGUAUGGUGGACGAUUCCUCGCUGGUAUGGGUAUCGGCAUGCUUGCUAUGCUUGCACCUCUAUACCAGUCGGAGAUUGCACACCCUUCUAUUCGCGGAAGCUUGACCACAUUGCAGCAAUUCAUGUUAGGCAUUGGGGCGUUCAUCGCCUCAUUUAUCGGCUACGGGCUGUAUCACGGUACUACUGGUCCGGUGCAGUGGCGAGUGCCACUGGGCAUACAGAUCCUUCGUAAGUGCUUUGUUCUCAACAGUCUCCUACCGGAGUCCCCACGUUGGCUCGCGAUGAAAGGGCGCAACCAGGAAGUCCUUCAAGUCCUGGCACGUCUCCAUGCCCACGGAGACGUCAAUGACACAUUCGUGGUUGCCGAGUACCAGGAAAUCACACACCAAGUAGAGCUGGAGAAGCAAUUCACGCAGAAUGCAUGGUCACAGUUGCUCACGAACCCAAGUAAUCUACGCCGCCUGAUUCUCGGGGUUGCUCUGCAGUUCAGCGUGCAAAUGACCGGUGUCUCGUGCAUCCAAUAUUAUUCGCCUCAGAUAUACGCCUCCAUUGGCAUUGAUACAUCCACAACUCUCGGCCUCCAGUCUGGCAAUUCGGUUGUCGCACUUAUUGGCGAAGGCCUUUGCGUGUUAUUCAUCGAUCGGUUGGGUCGCCGCGGUCCCUUGGUCUGGGCGAACAUACUAUCAGGUAUCACGUUCAUCAUCGGUACUAUUAUCAUCGCAGUCUAUCCUGCAGGGUCCGGAAACGCCAAUGCCAGUAGAGCGUUUGUGGCUAUGACGUGGUUGUUCAAUCUGUUCUUCUCGGCUGCCAUAGGGCCAUUGUCCUGGGCUAUCCCAGUGGAGAUGUUCAACAGCGCCACGCGGGCUAAGGCAACAUCCAUCACUUCCUCCGCAGCAUGGAUCUCGAACUUCAUGAUCGCCCAAGUCAGUCCCAUUGCGUUUGACAACGUCGGCUGGAGAUAUUAUCUUGUCUUUGCUGUUUGCUCGAUGUCCAAUGCAUUGUUCUUCUGGUCCUUCUUACCAGAGACCAAGGGCAUUCCAUUAGAAGAAUUGGACUCGUAUUUUGAUAGCGUACCCUUGUUCGUUCCCGGAUCAGGAGUCCACGUCCGCGAUGCCCGUGCUAGGGAGGAGGAACUACGGCGUGGCGAGAUCCACGUCGGAGAGAAAGUUGUCUCUGCCGUCGACGAAAAUAAAUCGGAGAAGGUGGACAUUGAGCACGUCUGA